ACAAUGUAGCGUGAGCGCGUUUAUUUGAUUUAUUCCCGACCUUUAUCCGCCUAUCGGCAUCUGGACGGAGCCGGGACGGGACGGGAGCGGAGGAGGUGCUCUGCUCGGGAGUAUUGUCGAGGUCUGUAAUUUGCAGCAGAUGACCACUUGGGGGAUGUGGAUUUGGGGAGGUGUACAUUUCCUCAAACGGAAUUGCUUCCCUGUGUUGCUUUGUCAACUCCUUUUGUUAUUGCUGGUAUAAAACUGAAGAACAGCUUAAUGGCGUAGGACACCUUUGAUUUUUGAUGCACGCUUGCUUUAUUGUUUCGUGGCAGCUGGUGGAAAUGUGCGUUUUUGCAAUCAGAGUGUUGGAAAGUAGAAGAGAACGACGAUAAGGCAACCGAACCAAAUACAAAGGAAUGCCGACAACAUCGGCUUUUCCUUGUUUCGGGAAUGGCAAGCUUCCUGGCUCUCUGCUUUCUGCUUUUGCCCGGUGUCCUGUCGGUGGCGCCCACAUGCCCGGACCGCUGCGACUGUCAGCACGCGCAGCACCUCCUGUGCGCCAACCGGGGGCUGCGCGCGGUCCCCAGAGCCCAGCUUCCCAAGCAAGCGGACAUCCUCGUGUUCAGCCUCGCAGGUAACUUCAUACAGAACAUCACCGCUUCCGACUUCUCACGCUUGGACGGUCUGAUUCGGCUGGACCUGCAGUACAAUCAGAUCCGGAAAAUUCAUCCGAAGGCAUUUGAGAAACUGUCCAAACUCCAAGAGCUGUAUCUGGGCAAUAACUUGAUAUCUGUCAUCUCCCCGGGUACUUUGCAGUCUUUGAAUAAACUAAAGAUUUUAUAUGGCAACAGCAAUGACAUAAAAGAGAUAAAGCCGGACUGCUUUGGAAAUCUGGGAAGCAUUAUAAAGCUUCGUUUGGACGGAAACUCUAUAGAGAAAUUACCAGACGCAGUUUUCAAAAGUUUGCCUAAUCUGAUGUACCUCCAUUUAGAAUCUAACAAACUGCGGUACAUCCACAGGAACGCCUUUAUAAACCUCACCAACCUCCGCUUUCUGAACCUGUCCGGCAAUAAGCAAAAAAGCAUCCGGAAUAUUUUAACAUUUGCCUCACUCCCGUCUCUGACAACAUUGCUGGUCUCGGAGAAUGAAAUCCAACAUAUCGGCAACCACGUCUUUCAGAAUCUCAAAAAGUUGUUAAAGCUCUCUUUGAGCAACAACAAGAUUUCUCAGGUCGAGCUGGGGGCUCUCAAGGGACUGUCAAACGUCAGAGAACUGCUGAUGGACGGGAACGAGCUGGUCCACAUCCGGUCUGGUGUCCUCGACCCCCUGGAGAGGGUAGAGGAGAUAGACUUCAGCCGCAACCGAAUUUACAGCGUCGAGCCUUCAGCUUUUACGCAGCUACAGCAUCUAAAGAUUUUGAAGCUGGAAAAGAAUCAGUUGACAAGCCUAUCCGGGGGUAUUUUUGCACUCAAUGGCGUUCUCUAUAAUUUAUAUUUAAACGGCAACAACUGGACAUGUGACUGUAAUAUCUUGGAAUUUAAGCAGUGGAUGAACACGGCACAUUCUCAGGGGAGACUCCUCACCGUGUUUGUUCAGUGUCAGCACCCCGACGCUCUUAAGGGAAGGUAUCUCGACUACCUGAACAGCACACAGCUUCUGUAUCAGGGGAACAACUCGCAGCCCUGUGGGUCCGACAGCCCAGUGGAGAGCCUUGCUGGUGGGCUUCUGGAGAGCGCAUUCCCACGGAAGGAGCUGAAUAUUCAGGCGGACCAAGGAGGGGUGGGCCAAACAAAGAAGCCUCACGCAGAGAAAAACAAACGGAAGAGCGUCGUUCCAAGGUCAGGAUCACCUACAAGCGCUGCUGGGAAGACAGACACAGGGAGGGUUGUGUCCUCAUCUGCUGGGACCCCCCCCAAACCAAGCCCUUUGGCAACCAAGUCACCGUUAACGGUGCCUAAACGGAACAGCAUUGAGCUUCCAGUUGCCACCGUGCCUCUUCCAGGAGAAGCUGAGAAGUUUGACCGGCUCCAGCAGGAGAGGCUGGGUUUCCCCCUAGUGACCGAUCCAUGCCAGUUCAACCGGCACUUUAUUGUGAACGUGACUGUGAGCCAGGUCUCCUCGAACUCUGCCACCAUCACCUGGUCUGUCCGCGAGCACCGGAGCGCACCGGCGUCAGCAGUGAGCUUCCGGGUCCUGUUCGACCGCUUCGGACAGGCGGUACGUUUCCCGCGCUUCGUGUACGUGCGGGACGGGGGGCACUCGGUGACACUGCACGAGCUGAGCGUGGACACCACCUACAUGGUGUGUGUGGAGGGUCUGGUGGGCGGGGCCGUGUGCCAGGUGGCUUCCCGGGAUCACUGCACAGGAGUGGUCACUCUGGGGACGGUGCGGUCCGGUGCUGACCUCCAGCUGGUCACCAUGGCGAUGCUGGGGGUCAACGCGUUGCUGCUGCUGCUAGUGGGGGGAGCCUGGAUGGGGCGCAGACUCAGGCGGAGGCUUCAGCACAGGAAGUCCGCCGUGCACGUCCGUCACAUGUACUCGACCCGCCGGCCGUUUCGCGCCAUGGCCCCUGCUGUCGCCUCUGAUUUCACCAGCUACCAAAGCAGCCGGCCCAGGAUGUGUCCUGUUGACGAGGGGGACCUUAUUGAGUUUCCCUGCGAUCGUUUCCUUGACAACAACAGUACGAGGCGGGACGAAGCCUUGCAAAGGUUCACAGACUGAUGCUUGGCUUGAAAAGCCAGUGACCUAGACUAGAGAGCAGCUCCUUAUGUCCUGGAUCUGUUUAAGGAGAUUGCAGACUUGUGGAGAAAUGCGCUGUCACUGCAGAAAUACUGUCGUCACUCCCAGUAAAAUGACUUUGUUUUGCUGAGAAUGUGUGUUUUUCACGAAUCUUCCACAAUUUGAGCCAGACAUUUCCUUUUCCUCGUUGAAAAGUUUGCACCUGGAAUUUGCUGUCAGCGUGUGUUUGCAUGCGUGUGCCUGUGUCUGCGCGCAUGCGUGUGCCUGUGUCUGCGCGCAUGCUCACACGCAACCCCGUGGGUCCAGUGACAUCACAACUGUACAUCACCCUGAAUUUCUCUGGUGCUCAUAAAACAGGAUCACUUUUAUUUAAUUUUUUUUAUUCAAAGCAUUUGCAUUUUGUAGCUGCUGGCAAUUCUGAACUGUAGGGGGCUUAGGGUUGGCAGAAACAUUGCUUUUAUUUUCCUACAUUUUAGUAUCUUUCUUUAUUAUUAUUUUAUCCUUUUGUUCAUUCUUGUGACCAGGAAUUCAAAGUGUAUUUUCUAAAUAUGCAAUAACCUGUAGAUCUUUAACUUUCUUAAAAAAAAAAAAUCACAGUUUUUUUUGUAACAUCUUGCAUCACAUUUGCUACAUAUGUACUUUUUAUAUUUUUCAAUAAAACGAAACAACUCUGA